UCGACGGAGAAGAGAGGAGCCUGGGCAGAAAAAGGAAGGAGAGAAAAGAAGAAGGAGGAGAGAGCCAGGGCUUCCCCUCGCGAAUGGAGCCGAAAGCGGAGGCGCUUUGAAGCCGCUCUGCAGACGGGAGCUUCCCGGCAGAAGGAGAAGCAGCCAAAGGGAAGAGGAGCCUCCCGCCGAGGGUCGAAUCCCGCUCAGGGCCGCGGCGCAAAGGAGCCUUGACAAGGGAGGAAGGAAGGAGGGAAGGGGCGUCUUGGGCGCCGUCGGAGCUCGGUGCCUUUUGCCGGAGGGCCUUCCCGAUGCCUGGGGGCCGGCGUUGGGGCCGGGGCCGGCGGUGAGGGCCUGGCCAUGGGGGCUCCGUCGGCGCUGCUGGUGCUGGUGCUGCUGGGCCUGGAGGGCUCCCGCGGGCAGCACUACCUGCACAUCCGCCCGGCGCCCAGCGACCACCUGCCGCUGGUGGAGCUGAUCGAGCACCCGGACCCGCUCUUCGACCCCAAGGAGAAGGACCUGAACGAGACGCUGCUGCGGGCCCUGCUGGGCGCCCACUUCGACCCGGCCUUCAUGGCGGUGGCGCUGCCCCCCGACGAGCGCGGGCCCUCCGCCGCCGCCGCCGCCGCCGGGGAGGACCUGGCCGAGGCGGACCUGCUCCUGCGCCAGCGGCCCUCGGGAGCCAUGCCCUCCGACAUCCGCAGCCUGGAGUUCUCCGACGGCGGGGGCGGGGGCGCCUCCCCGGCGAAGAAGCCCCGGCUGAGCAAGAAGCUCCGUCGGAAGCUGCAGCUGUGGCUCUGGUCGCAGACCUUCUGCCCGGUGCUCUACUCCUGGAGCGACCUGGGCAGCCGCUUCUGGCCCCGCUUCGUCAAGGUGGGCUCCUGCUUCAGCAAGCGCUCCUGCUCCGUCCCCGAAGGCAUGCUCUGCAAGCCGGCCAAGUCCCUCCACCUCACCCUCCUCCGGUGGAGGUGCCAGCGCCGGGGCCUCGGGGCGGGAGGCGGAGGAGGCGGGGGCCUGCAGCGCUGCAACUGGAUCCCCAUCCAGUACCCGGUCAUCGCCGAGUGCAAGUGCUCCUGCUAGGAGCCGGGGACCAGGACGCCCUCCUCCGGACACGGCCCUGAUCUCCGGGACUCCCCCCCCCCCCAAAGGACCACAGGGAGGCCGGACUCCCACGGGGCUCCCCGCCGUGACACGUGUCGGGAAUGGGACUCUUGGGCAUCGCCAGCCAUGGCCAGACUUUGGGCGCCGGGCUUUUGGGGUGAUGGUUUUGUUGGUUGUUUGGACUUCAACUUCCAGAACUCCCCGGUCAGGGACCAAAAUAUUUGGAGGACCCACGUUUUAGGGACCACUGGACUUAGAACCAGCGGUUCCCACACUUCAGUUUCCAGGGUUUGUUGUUUGGACUUCAACUCCCAGAAGUCCCCAGUCGGAGGUUCUGGGUGGUGAGAUCCAAAACAUCUGGAGGACCCACAUUUUGGGGAGCACUGGACUAGAACCAGCAAUUCCCUCACCUUGGUUUCCAGUUACAGUAUUGUUGUUUUUCUUUUUUGGACUUCCGCUCCCAGAAGGCCCCCAGCCAAGCUUGGUCACCAAUCAGGGAUUCUGGGAGAUGAAGUCCAAAACAUCUAGAAGAGCCAAGUUUUGGGGAAACACUGGCCUUCCAGAUGUGCUGGACUUCACCUCCCAGAAUCCUGGCCAAGAUGGCUGAGUCUUUUGGGGGCCGGGGUCCAAAAGAGCUGAGUGUGGGAAUCCCUGGGGUAUAAUAGAGAGACCCAAAGUCCCCCUUGAAAGCCCCUCUUGGAAAGGUUAGUUUUACAACAAGAACUCUUGUCUACUGUAUUUUUGGAGAGACAUCACCUCCAGGCCGUCCCUUUUCUGUUCCUCCCCAUCCCCUUUAAUUUAUAUUUCAGGAAAGAGAGAAAGGAAAAAGGAAAAAAGAAAGUAUUUGGGGGGAAUUUUGAAGGAAACAGAAAAGCCCCCACAAAACUUCGCUUUCUUUGUGAGGUCUUCCCCCCCCCCUCUUUUUUUUUUUUUU